AUGAGGUUCGACCUUGGAAAUCGAACCUCUAUUUCUGUUAGUUUUAGAAUAAAAUACCUAAGCCAAACUUGCAGUACUGUGAUACCUUCAAAAUUAAAGGCUAUUCUUACUUUAGCAGUACCACCAAAAAAACAUGCAAAGUCUUUAAGUAAUAAAAAUGAUGACGAAGAUGAAGUUGAAGAGAAUAUCUCUUCUAAUUCAUUAGUAAAUUUUGAUAGUUCACCUGCUAAUUCGUCUUUAACAUCAACUUCUAUUCCUAAAAAAAAACAAACCAAGGUAUUACAAUAUAUUGGAUGUCUACUUAAUGCUUCAGAGAUCCCUAAAUUUGAGUGUCUUUUACUUCAUGCUACUGUUUUAGCUGGCUUGGCAUUUCAGUGGAUUGAAAAUCUUGAAGUUAAAGCAUUAUUUCAGUUUAUUAGUCCACUUUUAAAAUUGCCUAAUAGAAAAUCUCUAAGUGAUUGUAUUAUAACAAGUGCGGCGAAUAAACUACAAGAAUCAAUUAUAAAACUUGCCAGUAAAAACAAAAUUGGAGUCACAAUCGCUUUUGAUGGUUGGUGUAAUAUAGUAAAACAAGAAAUAAUGAGAAUAGUAUUCAUUACAUCUUCAGGAGAAGUUUUAAUUUGGAGAGCUGAUGAUAUAAGUAAGGAAAAACAAUGGCAAGAAGAAGUAAUUUCUAGGAUUCUUGCUCUUUUUGCAGAAGCUAAGGAAUUAAAUAUAAAAGUGAACUGUCUUGUAACUGAUUCCACCGGUGCAUAUGCUGCAGCUAGACGUUAUUUGAGAAAUGAAAUGCGUGAUAAGAUGUUUAUUCCAUGUUUUGCCUAUCAGGCAAACUGUUGUAUUAGCGAACUAUUUAAGGAGUCUCUUUCAUUUAAAAAUACAAAUAAAAAUGCAAUUCGAAUAGUUACAUUCUUUUAUCAUUCAGUAUAUUUUACUGCUAAAUUGCAUAAUGAACAAUUAACAUGGUUUGGUUCUGAACCUAAUAAGUUAUUAUUUGAAUUUGAAUUAUAUAAGCAACAAAAAUAUCCUUUUAUUGAAAAAACUUUCAAACAAUUUAAUAGUGAUAUCAUUUUUUGGUGGUCAUAUAAUUCUAGGAUAGUACCAGAAUUAAGUCAUAUAGCAUGUUACUUAUUUGGUAUAUGUGUUACAACAGCUUCAGUAGAAAGGCUUUUUUCUACUAUAGGUUUUCUGCAUUCACCAUUGUGUAACAAACUAAAAAAUGAAAAAGUAAUUGCAAUGAGUCAACUUCAUGCAGAGAUUUUGAGAACAAGAAAACCUAAAGAAUCUAAAUUUAAUUACAAUCAAUCAAAUUUACCUUCGUCAUCUGAUUUUUUAUCAGCCUUAUUUAAUCAAAGUCAAACAUUUGAAUCAAAUAAUGAAGAAACAGACAGUGGCAUUAAUCUUGAAGAGGAUAAUAGUAUUAAUUCUAAAACUGAUUGGGAUUUUGUUGUUAAUGAAUGGGAGGAAUUAUUAAGUGAUGAACAAUUGGAUGAAGAAUCUGAUAAGGAAUCUGAUGAUGAGAUAGAUAAUGAAUUGGAUUUUUAUGAUUCUGAAAUUCAUCUAGCAGAAAAUCAAUCAGCAAAAUGGAAAUUGGAAAAUUUAUUUUUAUCUAAUUUGCCACCUUUAGUUUCUAAAUUAUAA